UGUUCCAAUAACUGGAAGGCUUUACUAAUAUGGAGGUGCAGAAUAUCCUCGAUGCAUAAGUUGCAGGAUGUUUAACUACGAUCAGCACUUUUUUUCAUGUUGCCUUUACUGGAAUAGUCUGUAUUUAACUUGGAAUGCCGCUGCGAUCACCUGCCACCCACUGUUGACUCGUCUUGUUUUUAUCAGUGGAAGCAUCCUAAUAUGGCAGCGCUAUCACAUGCUUUGUAGCUGGAGGAGAUUAUUUGGGGGAGCUGUGACGUAACGUGGAGCUAAGCAGUCGAUCUGUGUGAGGAGCGCACGCGGAUGUGGGGAGAUGUUCCGACGUUCGUACUUUGGAUUAUCCGAUCGGACAAAGUGGAACCUGCGCGACCAGGACUCUGCUCGUGCUUGUGUUUUACUGGAAAAUGUUUGGUGCACGACGAUGAAUAAGAGCAGGGAUUAUCCAAGAGAUGCAUAGUUGAUGAAUCUGGCUGUUCUCGUGCGUAAACGGCAAGAGGGGGUUGGAGUGGAUCAAGAGUGAAGGAGGGAGAGAGAGAGAGAGAGAGAGGAGGGAGGUGGAGAGAGGGAAAGUGACGGAACGACGGAGCGAUAUAGUGAAGAAGAGGGAGAGAGAGAAAGACAGAGCGCGACAGACAGAGGGAGGGGAGAGCGAGAGCUGCGAGGCGACUCGGUUCGGCAGCCCCCGUUUUUCCGUUGCCUCUGCCUCUCCAGCAGCGGGGACGGCGAUGCGCGUAACAUGCGGCGCAGAGCCGGGACGACCAUCCGCACGCCGCAUCGCUUCGCACCGCCGUGCGCACUCGAAGACGGAGACGCGCCGUGGGGCGCAGCCCGCUCCGCCGAGCCCGUGGUGAGCGACACCAGAGACCCGUGAAGACACACGGAAGGAGGCGAAGAGCAGAGUGCGGGGAGAUGCCAGCCCCACGCUCGGUGACUGGGGGUUAACCGCUCCUCGCGUGGAGCCACUCUGACGCACCUGCGGCGAAGAAGGCGCGCAUUUAUUUUUCCCGUGUGUGUGAUUUUACAGAGCGCCUUGAAAAACGCACCAUACCUGGACUAUCACACGAGGAUUUUCCACGCAGAGGAUGAAUGCUGACUUAGAUGGCCCACAGAGCAUGAGUCAGAGCGUGUCUGUGAGCUGAGGUGGAGCGUCUCUCUCCCGCUUGCGCGGCUUCUCGGUCCGCCACUAAGCUUCCUACGCCAGGAUGCAGCUGCUCAGAGUUGCGUGGGCACUGACCGGAGCGGCGAUCUGCUGCUUUCUCAUCCUCCUCAUUCACUCCCGAUUGCUCAAAGAAGGCCAGCUGGCGGCGGGGACGUGCGAGAUCGUGACGCUGGACAGGGACAGCAGCCAACCGCGGCGGACCAUCGCCAGGCAGACGGCCCGCUGCGCCUGUAAGAAGGGUCAGAUCGCCGGCACCACGAGAGCCCGGCCCGCCUGCGUGGACGCUGGCAUUGUACGGAAAAAGCAGUGGUGCGAGAUGGUGCCGUGUUUGGAGGACGAAGGCUGCGACCUGUUAGUCAAUAAAUCUGGCUGGACUUGUACACAGCCCGGAGGCCGAGUCAAAACCACCACGGCUCUAUGACGCGACAAGAGUCCCCCUCGACACUCUUGCACUAUGGAGAGCAAUGAUGACCCCUUGACAGACAGCCAAACACCAUCUACCACCACCUACCGCCACCUACUGUACCACCACCCUACCAACAGCGACACAACUACUUCACCCAAACCCUGGUCCCAGAAAGCAGGAAGCAACACAAGCAGCUACAGGGCGCCAAGGUCUCAUAACACAGCCGGAAACAGGAAAACCAGGGAGCGAACUCUCCCCUGGACACUGGACAAAGUCUGCUCACUGUUAAACGUUUCCUCUUCCCUGUGACGGGCUCGUCAGAGCCCCCCGCUAUCUGUUCUCGGGUCAACAUGACGCAUCCACUUCCUCUCCACUCUACCCCACAGUAUCCGCCUGCUCUGUGAAACUAGCAGCGCCUGCUCGUGCCACGGAGGAUCAGAAACAUUGAAAUCCCACGAAUGUUUGUUUUUUUUGCCUCGUUCUGGAAGCUCGAACAACGGGCCUUCUCCGCAUCCGUCUCCCGGCCUCUGGAGCGGGAGUUCUCGGAGUGUGGAUGGGGAUAAUUACGGACCAGACCCUGCUGCUUGUCGGACCACAACCGAACUGGGCGCUCUCUGCUGUGAAUAAGCCUUCUGCUGGAGUAAACCUCCCAUAUUUUUAUAGACCAAAGAGCAAAACAACAAAUAUGAUCAUUAUGACAUGAGCGGACCAUCUGGCAUAGACACGCAGAAACUAGGUGAACGUGCUGCUUGUGUCACCGCCGGCCAACAACUGCCUCCACACACAGACGCAGACAAAACUGAAAUGUGUCGCGAACAAUCCAAGGAGUACUUUUCAAACGUUUUUUCUCAGACUAAGUCCACCACUGUAUUUUGGAACUGGAGAUAUAGGUACUAAAUAUGUAUCAAAUGUGUAUCAAAAAAAAGAGUCUGAUUUGCAUUUUUCAGUAGCUACGGUCGGGACGGUUGCAGUGAAAGUGUUUCGGCCGGUCGAGCAUAAAAGGACGUGACUCAAAUCAAAGAAAUAUCCACAGAGAGUAUAAAUGCUGCUGAGUCUGAAAAGAAGGAGUGAAAUGUCAUUAAAUGUAUUUUGAAAGGCCCUAAAAAAGUUAUAUAUUUAACAGUUUUAUAUGUUGUACCUUUGUAGAGAAGCUUAUUGGACUUGAAACGUGGUCAUAAUGGCAGUUUAGUAGGAUGCGGACAAAUGCUGUUGUUCUCAUCACUGCUGGCUCGUAGUCCCAGGUUUUCUGUUCACACCUCGGUAGCCGCUUUCUUUUCAUAGUCAUCUACAAGUCACUGUCUCUGAGAAGCAUUAGGAAGGGAAAAGAGGAGCGUGAACAAUGUAUUGAGGACUGAUCUGCAGCCGACUGAACAUUGUAAAUCUAUGGUAGUCAGUGGAAGCCAUUGAAAUCUGCUAAUUUGCUAUGAUAUUGUAUUGUACACAGUGUGGAAUACUGACUCAUUUCCUCUC